AUGACCUGGUCCGGCACCCUUCGCGCGCCGCUGAUCGACCUGGAGCGGCCCGACGAGACCGAGUGGGACUGCCGCGGCUUCGACACACCUCUCCCGCAAGGCGUGCAGCACGUCCACGACGGCAACUUUCAGCUCGUGAGCCCGGCUCCGAGCAACAGCAUCCCCACGAGCAAGCCGCGCCCCGAGACGGUGGCCAAGCGGAGGCGCGCGCUGCUCGCCAUCGUCUGCUGCACCACCGUCAUGCUCAUCGAGUUUGGAGGCGGCCUCGCCGCCCACUCCCUCGCCCUGGUCACCGACGCAACGCACAUGCUGGCCGACGUGGCGUCAUACUGCAUCGUCCUCGUCUCGCUCGGCACGGCGUCCAAGGGGCCGUCGGCAAGGGCCUCCUUCGGACUGCUGCGCGCCGAGGUGCUCUGCGGGCUCGGCUCGCUCCUCCUCAUCUGGGCCACGGCCGGGGUGCUACUCUACGAGGCGGCCUGGCGCAUGUACGAUCUCGCAUCGUCAGACAACAAGCCGCGCACCGACGGGCCGACCAUGCUGGGCGUGGCUGCCCUCGGGCUCGCCUCCAACCUCGGCCUGCUCCUCCUCUUCCGCGGAAGCGGCGACAAGGGCGACGACAGCCACGGGCACAGCCACGGCGGCGGUGACAUGUCGACGCGAGCCGCCCUGGUACAUGUAGCGGGGGACGUGGCGCAGAGCGGCGGCGUGCUGAUCGCUGCCGCCCUCAUCACCUUCGACGGGCAGCGGUGGGUGUGGCUGGACCCCGUCGUCACCGCCGCAGCCGCCGUCUGGAUGCUCUCUGGCACGCUGGGCUUGUUCCGCGAGGCGUACACCGUGCUGAUGGAGGCGUCGCCCCCCGACAUCGACACGAACGAGCUGCGGCGCGUGCUCUCUCGAAGAGCGGACGUCACUUCGAUCCACUGCUUCCACCUGUGGGCCCUCGCCCCUGGCAAGCUGACGCUCACCGCGCACGUGCUCUGCGCGCCCUCGUGCGAGGACACAGACGAGGUGCUCGAGGACCUCUGCAAGGUUUGCCAGUACAAGUUCGGUAUCCACCACGUCACGUUCCAGCUGGUGGCGCUCCUCCUCGUCAGCGGCGGCGCUUCGCACCGGCUGAACAUCUGCCGAUGGCGCACAAAGCGUUCGAUGGCAAACCCGCCACUGACGCUCGGCUUGGUUGAGCCACAGAAGAAGUCGGGCGCGCCCGCCUCUUGCGACGCAGGUGGAGGACGGCGCGCUCGCUCAGCCGCAAAACGCGUUAUAACCACGAGCGACUACCAGUGCAUGAGCAAUCCUGCCCCGGCCACUGGCAUUGCCGCAGUGCCAGAUGCGGGCGCCAGCACCACAAACUACGGCGCCGUGCUCGUGCAGCAGGACAACGUGAUGCGCCAGCAGGACGCCGCACUCACCGACCUCUCGCGCUCGAUCGGCACGCUGCGGACGAUGGGCGGGCAAAUACACAACGAGCUCACACUGCAGAGCAACCUGCUCGAUGACCUCGAGCGAGGAGUCGACCGGACGCAGGGGACGCUCGCCUCGCAGCAGGGUCGGAUGAAGAAGCUGCUGCAAAAGACGAAGAACAACUGGCUGUACUGCUCCAUCCUCUUGCUCAUCGUUGUGCUCUGCAUCAUCAUCUACAUCAUGCUGACCAUCUGACGGCGGCGAUAUUAGAGCGCUCUCGCUCGUUGGUUCCGUUGUGAUGUGGUCUCCUUUGGCGCGAGAGAGACCCGCAGAGUGUCUUCGAGACGUUUUUUAUAUGUAGGAUUCCUAGAGUGAUCUG